AUGCCCCAAUGUGCUGCUAGUAUAAUGACUCUCCAUGAUGCCUUUCGCAGCGCGCUUCAAAAGCGCCAGUCUAAAUCCUCUCGUCGCCAAUUGACCCUCCGCUCUCCCAAUGCCGUUGAUUUCUCCUCCAAUGACUUUCUCUCGCUGUCGACUUCUUCUCUUUUUCGUGAGAGAUUCCUUUCUCUUUUAAACCAAGCUCCGCCAGAUUACCCAUUCGCCAGCGGCGGUUCACGCCUCCUCGACGGCAAUUCACCCUUCACAGAGGAAUUGGAACGCUUCAUCGCAGCCUUCCACAACGCACCUACCGGCCUCCUCUUCAAUUCCGGCUUCGACGCAAACGUAGGCGUGCUCUCAUCUAUCCCGCAGCCAGGCGACGGCAUCCUGUACGAUGAACACAUCCACGCCAGCGCGCACGAGGGAAUGCGGUUAUCCCGCGCGGGAUGGAGGGAAUCCUUCUCUCAUAGCUGUCCGGUGAGUCUGAGGCGGAAAUUGGAGGGGCGGAUACAGCGAGAUGCGGGUAUCGCCAAUGGAGAUCGGAAUGUGUUUGUUGCGUUUGAGAGCAUUUAUAGUAUGGAUGGGGAUAUUGCGCCUAUUCGGGAGAUUGUGGAUGUUGUUGAUGAGCUGCUGCCGCGUGGGAAUGCGUAUUUUCUUGUCGAUGAGGCACAUGCUUCGGGGGUUUUGGGGCCCAAGGGAGCUGGUGUUGUGCAGGAAUUGGGCCUUGAGGAGCGGAUGUUGAUUCGUGUGCAUACGUUUGGGAAGGCGUUGGCUAGCCAUGGAGCAAUUGUGUUGUGCUCGCCGGACACACGUGAAUACUUGAUUAACUACGCCCGGAGUCUGAUCUAUACCACGGCGUUGGGAUAUCCAUAUCUCGCUUCUAUCCGUGCAGCCUACGAGCUCCUGUCAGAAAGCCUUGUUGAACCACACCGCCAAAACCUCCAACAUCUCAUCCACCACAUCCGCCAGCGCCUUCUCAACCUAAACCCCGGACACAUCCAACUCGACCACUCGCCUUCAUCACCAAUUCUCUCCCUCCGCACUCCGUAUCCGCGACAGCUGGCGGAUGCUUGCCAGAAAGCGGGAUUCGUGGUAAGAGCGAUUAUGGCUCCCACGGUGCCCAAGGGGCAGGAGAGGGUUAGGGUGUGUGUGCAUGCUGGGAAUACGGAGGAGGAGAUUGAGGGGUUGGUGGGAGUUAUCAAGAGAUGGAUGGGUGGGAAAUUAUAA